AAGGUGGAGACUCUCACUCACAUGCUGUGUUACGUUUGGGGAAGUUGCUCAAUAUGGGAAAGUACAGACUUCACUGAGCGCUUCGUUCAUGUUCUGUGUUUUUCCGGGUUUACUCAAUGGGAAGAUUAAAAAAACGCAAACAACGGAGUUGUAAAUUGUACAGCAUGUCAGAUUAAAUCUGCUCAGUCAAUUCGUGUCAGUGUUUUCUCGCUAUUAUGAAUAAUUCAAUAACUUCCGCUACUUACAUUCGUAACCUCAGUUAUAGUGUACGCCGCAAGCUGUCCGACUUCUUGGACUCUCAGGACAACUGGAAAGAUGUUAUUGUCUCCAUACGGAAGCCCGGUGGAGACCUCAGGUACUCUCAGCACCAUGUGAGGAGGUUUGAAGGCCUUGUUGCACAGGGUAAAAGUCCCACAGUGGAGCUGCUGGCUGACUGGGGGACCACCAACUGCACAGUGGGUGAUCUUGUGGACAUUUUGAAGAGUCACAAGUUGCUGGCUGCUGCUAAUGUUCUGUUACCUGUGGCAGAUGACAUCCCAUCAGAGCCACAGCAAGUGUCUUCAGCAGCAGGAACAUACAGCACUCUCCCCACAAUGGUACUGGAGGCCACAGAAACACAGCCAGCACCACCAGCACAACCUGCCACCACUGUCCUGCAGACACAGAUUCUACCGGACAGUAGUGACACGAGUCACACAGGUUUCUCCAGUUUCUUGUACAAUGAGUUGAUGAGGAUUACAGGAAACUUUGAUGACCGUCCCGUAUCAGAUGGCGGCAGCAGACUUGGAGAGGGAGGCUUUGGCACUGUAUACCAAGGUCUCCUGGAUGCCAGACCGGUCGCAGUGAAAAAACUGAAUCCAAUAGACGACGUCCCCCUGGAGGAGCUGCGAGUUCAGUUCAACCAAGAAAUCCAAAUUCUACAAACGUUGAGACAUGAAAACUUGGUCGACAUGGUUGGAUUUUCCUGUGACGGACAGUACCCAUGUUUGGUGUAUGCCUUAAUGGCCAAUGGUUCUUUGCUCAACCGACUAGCCUGCAUGCAGGGAACUCCUCCACUGUCCUGGCGACAGAGAUGCUCGAUAGCCGAAGGGACAGCGAGAGGCUUAGACUAUCUGCACAACAACCAUCAUGUCCAUAGAGAUAUUAAAAGUGCAAACAUCCUGCUGGAUGAACAGUUUGUGGCAAAGAUCUCAGACUUCGGGCUGACAAGAGCAUCGGCUAAGCGGACAUCAACGACGGUGAUGACGGAGAGGAUUAUGGGCACCAGUGCAUACAUGGCACCUGAGGCCCUAAGAGGAGAGAUCACACCAAAAUCUGACAUCUUCAGCUUUGGAGUGGUGUUGUUAGAAAUAUUGUCUGGACUCCCGCCAGCCGAUGAAAACCGUGAGCCGCAGCUCUUGAUGGAGGCGAGGUAUGAUAUAGAAGAUGAGGAAGAUGAGCUGACUUUGGAGGACUUCUUGGACAAAAAGAUGGGAGCCUUGGACAUGGGCCAGGUGCAGAGUGUCUACUCUUUGGCCUGUAAUUGCCUCGAGGAUAGGAAAAACAGACGGCCAGUCAGCAAACAGGUCCUCUUGGAGCUUCAAGGAGUCGUAAAAAACGUUUCACUGGAUUAAAGCACAGGGGUGAAGCGUAGCAUCCCAGAGAAGACUUUGAGCCAGCUCCAGUCACACAGUGACAAAUACAUUUCAUUCAGCAGAUUUGCAGAAAUUAAUGUUGACUGUGACAAAUGUAUUGUUUUGCAACAAUCUUUCUCUGUAGUAAUGAACUGUAUUUUUUUUAUCAGAAGCAUGUAGCUUAGUUUUUUACUGUGCAAGUAUUACAACUACUCCAAAGUGUGCCGUUACAUCACAUUUUGAUGGCUUAAUAUCUUGAAAAAGCUGAAAACCGUUAUUCUAGCCAGUGUUUCUGUCGUGUAUUUAUUAUGAAGACAAAUGAAUGAAUGAAUGAAACACUGUAUGAUUUAAAUAUUUUUUUAUUUUUCUUCUUUAAAAGAAAGAUUUGUAAGAAAACAAAUAAGACCAAACAUGAUUUUUUUUUUCUCCUUCCUAUUAUAAUGACAUUGUAUGAAUAUAAAGGGCUUUUCCCUUCGAACAUGAGGUGAGCUUAGUAGUUUGCCUAAUAAUAAUCAGUAGAUCAGUGGAUGUGGCAACAUUUUGAUCAAGGUAAAGUAUUCCCUUUCCUAUCCGGUUUCUUAGGUUCCCUAUUGUGUGGGAGCCCGGCAAAGUUUGAGUAGCUUCCUCUCAGUGAAAUAUGAGAUGGAUUGACGUAAUAUUUCUGGAAGCCCCUGUUCUUUCUUUCCACUUGUGAUCCUCACCGACACAGACAACCACCAGAACAGACCAGACUGUUUCUUAAUCAUAGAGCAUCACACAGCUACAAUAUGUACAUUUACAGCACUUGCAUAGAAAAAUAAGUUUCUCAGCAGAUGAUUUUUUUUUCAUGUAAACCACAGUUAUAUAUCAAAAAAGAAGUCAAUUUUCCAAUAUAAAAUGCACUGUUAAAAUGAAUCAAUAGACACAGGUGGGAUAAUUAUAUCAUCUCUGCUUUGGAGCACCUUGUGCAAACACGAGGAGACAAAUUUCAAAACAUUAGACACAAAAACAUUAAUUGACACGGACUUAAGGAAUGCAAGUUAAGAAUUGGAGCAUGUGAACUAAAAAUGGGGGGGGGGGUUAAUCAUAUUGGCGCAAGUUCACAUUCAUCGCACUGACAUUUCUAAAGUCUUAGAGCUGGCAACAAUGUAAAAACCUCAA